AUGCUGUCGCCUGUUGCCCAUGUCUCUCAGCCGCUCCUCUCCCCUCCCCUCUCCUCCUCCCCCUCCCCUCACUUCCCUCCCUCCUCCCCCACUCCCUUCCCGUCCUCCUCUCCUCCUUCCUUGUCUGUCCUCCUCUCUCUCCCCCCUUGUUUCCUCUCUCGCCCCUCGCCCUUGUCUCAGAACGGGGAGCGGUCGGCACCCACAGCAGGCACGGUGGCGACAGCAGCAGGGCUGGCGGGCGGGCUUAUCAGCUUCGUGCUCUGCCCCACGGAGCUUGUCAAGUGUCGCCUGCAAGCCGAUGGGCCGCAGGGGUUGUUCAGAGGCCUGGCAGCGACAGCACUGAGGGAGUCGCUGGGCAACAUUGGCUUCUUUGUCACCUACGAGGCCAUCAAGCACCGCCUCCUCCCCGCCCUCGCCCCCUCCUCUCCCUCGCACUCCUCUCCCUCUUCCUCCUCCUCCUCCGCCUCCUCGGACCUCUCACGUGAAAGUGUGCACGGGAGAUUGGGUCAAGACAUGGGGCCAGAACAUGGGGUGUUGGGGGGGAGGGAGGCAGAGGUAGCAGGCGGGGCGAGUGAGUGGCGAAGGGUGGCAGCUGAGGCUGCUACUGCCAUUGCCAGUGGGGGAAUAGCAGGCAUCGUGUUCUGGUCGGCAGUGCUCCCAUUUGAUGUCAUCAAGACGCGCAUUCAGACGGCAGACGCGUCAGCUUCGCCCGAGUCGCUGCGCAUGCUCAGCCAGUGCAAAGCUAUCCUAAGGGAGAGUGGCGUCAGGGGGUUCUACGCCGGUCUCCUGCCCACACUCACUCGAGCCUUCCCGGCCAAUGCUGCGGCUGUUGUUGCCUGGGAGCUCACCUCAAGGCUGCUAGGAGUGUCCAACCCUUGA